AUGUACUCUUUUCCUUCCUAUGUUCGUUCGUUCCUUCAUUUCUUCCUAUUCUUUCUUUCUUUCUUUCUUCCAGUCGCCUCUUUCUUUCUUUCUUUCUUUCUUUCUUUCUUUCUUUAUUAUUCUCUUUCUUUCUCCUCUUUCAACAAAUGCUUUACUGUUCGUUUUUGUACUUCCACCUCUGAUAUUUGCUUUAUUUCUUUAUUUCUAAUUUUUCUUUCUUUCUUUCUUUCUUUCUUUCUUUCUUUCUUUCUUCAUAGUUUGUUUCGUUCUUGCAAGAAAGCCUUCUUUCUUUUCUUGAAUUCUUUCUACCAACACAACGUCCUUUCUCUUUCGCGUUCCUUCUACCAAUACAUUUCUUUCUUUUCUUUCUUUCUUUCUUUCUUUCUUUCUUUCUUUCUUUCUUUCUUUCUUCCUUUCUUUCUUUCAGUCGUCUCUUUCUUUCUUUCUUUCUUUCUUUCUUUCUUUCUUUCUUUCUUUCUUUCUUCCAGUCCCCUCUUUCACAUUCUCUCUUUCUCUCACUCUAUUUCUCAUUACUUCUCCGAAUCCAAUUCUUAUGAGAAAAACAUUCUUUACCUAUCUCUUUUCACUACAUUUCAUCUCUGCUUCUUUCGUUUUCCGUUCACAAGUAACUUUUCUAUCUUAACCAUAUUCCUGAUUGCCACCGUUCCUCGCGCCUGCAACUAA